UACAUACUUCUCAAAUCUCCAAAAAUAAAAUUAACUCUUCUUCUUCUGCUUCUUCUUAGUUCUAACUUCUUAAUUUAACACUCACUUACUUAAUUCUUACACUAUAUUAAGUACUAUAUUUCCAUAAUUUUAUUGCAACAUUAUGGAUUAUAGUACUUAUGUUGUGUUGGUGGUUCUGGUUUUUUUCGUCGUCGUCGCCGUUGCGUUGGCUGGCCCUAAAGGUGCUGGGAACCCACAUUGGCAUUCUGCUUCUGCUACUUGGUAUGGUAGUCCAAAUGGUGAUGGUAGUGAUGGUGGUGCAUGCGGGUACGGGACAAUGGUGGAUGUGAAGCCAUACAAGGCUCGAGUAGGGGCCGUGAGCUCAGCCCUAUUCAAAAGUGGCGAAGGUUGUGGCGCGUGCUAUAAAGUAAAAUGCUUGGACAAAUCAAUUUGCUCCAAACGAGCCGUGACAGUUAUCGUUACUGAUGAAUCACCGGCCUUAACCAAAGGUUUAGUCCACUUUGACCUUAGUGGGUCCGCGUUCGGACGCAUGGCUGUUUCGGGUCGAAGCACUAACUUGCGUAAUCGUGGUAAAAUCUCCGUCAUUUAUCGCAAGACUCCUUGUAAAUAUCCUGGACAAAACAUUGCAUUUCAUGUAAAUGCUGGCUCAACAGCUUAUUGGCUCUCUCUUUUGGUGGAAUUUGAGGAUGGAGAUGGUGAUAUUGGAUCUAUGCAUAUCAGACAGGCAAGGUCCAAUCAAUGGUUAAAGAUGACACAUCUAUGGGGUGCAAAUUGGUGCAUUAUUGGUGGACCAUUACAAGGACCAUUUUCAAUUAAGUUAACCACAUUAUCCAAAAGAGUAACCCUUUCAGCUAGAGAUGUUAUUCCAAGUAAAUGGACUCCUAAAGCCACUUACACAUCUAGGCUUAACUUCUUAAAGUAGCCAUGUUGACUCCAUGACAUCACCCGGGUCAAACGUAGCUAAGGACUUACAGGUUUAUCUGAAUUUAAUAAUUGCAACUUGAAUUUUAUAUACGUAUUAAAAGUUUAGAACAAAUAAUGGGCCGUGAGUGAAAUUUUGAACUUUCAAAUCUUGAAUUCGUCUUUGUGCAGAUUCGAAAGAAGUAAAAAGAUACUAAAAACCCUAGAGCCACCACCCUUGCUGGUUGGAUUUUUUUUAAAAAGGAAAAUCAGCCUUUGGAUUUAGGAUAAUAAGUAUCCAAGGCACAAUCCUUUUUUUUUUUUUUUUUUGCUAUUGUUGAUGUAAUUGUGUUUUUUUUUCUACUAUUUUUGUAAAAUGAUUAUAAGGUUGUUAAUAGUAGUAAGCCCUCUCCAAAGGAGAGUGAGCCUUUUAUGUUUGUUUAUUUGGGUUGUAAAAUUAAUUUCUUUUGUUUAACUUUUGGGUUGUAUGUUAAAGUAAUUACAUUUUAUGAAAUGACUAAUGUGUGAAUGCAAAUUAUCGAUGUUGUA